CUCGCCUUAGUCUUGCAGUGUUGUGAUCACGUGGCCAGCUCCCGGCGCGGCGCCUGUUUUGGUUUUUCUUUGGCUUGCCUGGGGUAGCUGCGGCGCGAGCGACUUUCUGGGUUGGGUUGCCUUUUCGGGCUCUCUCGGCCCGCAGUUUGCAAGCCCCUUGGGGUUGGUUUCUGCCAUGCCGCUGGUCCGCUACAGGAAGGUGGUGAUCCUCGGGUACCGCUCUGUAGGGAAGACAUCUUUGGCACAUCAGUUUGUGGAAAGUGAGUUCUUGGAAGGAUAUGAUCCUACAGUGGAGAACACUUACAACAAGAUAGUGACUCUUGGCAAAGAUGAGUUUCACCUACAGCUGGUGGACACAGCUGGGCAGGAUGAGUACAGCAUUCUUCCCUACUCAUUCAUCAUUGGGGUCCAUGGUUAUGUGCUUGUGUAUUCUGUCACCUCUCUGCAUAGCUUCCAAGUUGUUCAGAGCCUGUACCAGAAGCUACACCAAGGCCAUGGGAAGACCCGGUUGCCGGUGGUGCUAGUGGGGAACAAGGCAGAUCUUUCUCCAGAGAGAGAGGUACAUGCAGUCCAAGGGAAGAAACUAGCAGAAUCCUGGGGUGCAACAUUUAUGGAGUCAUCUGCUCGAGAGAAUCAGCUAACUCAAGACGUCUUCACCAAAGUCAUCCAGGAGAUUGCCCGUGUGGAGAAUUUUUAUGGGCAAGAGCACCGAUGCUAUCUCAUGUGAACGCUUGGUCCUGGGGUGACUGCCUCAUUUCUGCCCUUGGCACUUGUGAGGCUCCAGUGGAGGUGGACCCUCAGGACUGCACGGGUAUGCUUGCCAGUGUGUCUGUGGCUCUCUGGACACACAGUGUGGUACCCUCAUAUUUGCACACUUUCCCUAGGUUAGUGGCCUGGGUGUGUAUGUUUACAAACAGGCAGGGAUGUCUUCUGGGCACUGGUCCCCUAACCCCGUUUUUGCUUAAAUGAAUUGUUACAAUCUGUGGGGUUGGUAUUUGAGUCCUGGGCAUUGUUUACGUGGGUUCAUCCUCUGUAGGUUUUGGGUGUUGGGUGGGUAAGGAGAGAUACGGACUCUGAAAUAGAGCUGGCUCCCUGGGGUGACAAUGUAUAUAUGCAAA